AUGUGGCUGCUGCAUCUGAUUUUAUUGUUCAAAUUUAUUAUUCAGUGUGAAAGUGGCCAUGGGCACUACAACAACAUGUCGGCUCACGAGUUCACGACGCCCCCAGACGAGAUCGCUCCAAUGCUACCUGAUGACGGGAUACCGGCUUCAACUGUUAUAGCAGGCCUCAUGCCGGAUUCUUUCGGAGAAAUGUUUAACUUCCUGGACGGAGACAGUUUUGGGAUCGGUCCAAUGCACGAGUUUGUGUACGGUUGGCAAGCAAUUGUGAAUACUAUGAGCAUGAAGAAUAACGUUGAAGUUCGCAAGCGCGCCGGUCUCCAACGCUUUGCGCUUGCUGGUAUCAACGGGAUCACACUGAUAUCUCAUAUUGGCGCCACUGAGAUCAUGAUAAACGGCACGAGAACUUAUUGCUUCGGAGGUGUCUCCAGACCUCCCGGUAGAAGAAGUGUUAUAUGUAAAGGAGCCAUGUACCAAGAAGGGAGAUUCUCGUGCAAAGUACCGUACCUGAGAUAUCCAACAGCGUUGGGAUACCGCUAUUGCAUUGACAAUUUCGCUUCGGUGCAUACAAUUGACGGGACAUUUAAAAAAACGUUUUGCGCUAGAGGAGAAUCUGUACCGAAAUUUCAUUACGACUAUAUUUGCGAAAGAAGGGACAUAAAGAUAAAACGCGUGAACCUUACCGAUCCAAAUGAAAGAUUCAAUAUACGAAAUCCAAUAGUUAGAAGGGUAGAAUAUUACCGAGCGCCCUACGACAUACUGAAGGCAUGCCCUGAUUGGUAUGGAUGCAACCUAAGAAUAUCACCAGAUAUGCUCCAUCAGGAGCUCCCGAAUGGUUUGAUGGAUGCAAAUUCAACUGCUUUCGUCGGUCACGGUGGGAAAUAUUGGCUGGCGUUGUAUUAUACGCAGUUGUCGACUUAUGCUAUUUACUUCCAAGCUCAUGGAGAAUAUCCUUGGCAGUCAAACAGGCCUGUUGUGUCAGUAGAUAAAGGUGGAAUUUGGGAGCAGCUUCUGAAAGCUAAUAUUGGGCCUGAUAUGAACUUGCAUUACAACUUGAACGGGAUCUACAACAGAUAUCCUGGCGGUUCGGUGUUCCCUGAUCUCAUGAGGAAUGAUGGCCAGGUACAGCCAGCUAAUUUCCGAACAGAAAACAGAGAUCCCGGUGGGGAACAAAUAUUGAUCGGUAACCAACAUCUAUCAGCUGAUGGUCCCGGUGGCGAACCUAAUGCAGGAGGCUACCAAUUUAUACACGAUGCACAAAUUCAACCAAACUUUGAACACGGGAAAAACUUAUCUUAAUAAUAA